AACCUGCCUCUUUAAGAAGACGCUCUCCUGUUGCACGGGGAGGCUGGCCCGGUGUUUUUCCACUAAUGCUCACCCAUUUUAAGAGACAAAGGUCAGAAAGAAAACCUUAUAAAUAAAAUUUACCACCGUAAUUCUCACUAUUCAACACCCGUCCGCCGCACUACACUGAGAAAACAGAUACAUUCUAAAGGAAAUAAAAGGAAUUCAAGUCAAUACAGCAUGGCACAGAAAGAGAAGCUCCAGUGUCUGAAGGACUUCCAUAAGGACACGCUGAAGCCUUCCCCGGGGAAGAGCCCUGGCACCCGGCCCGAGGACGAGGCAGAGGGGAAACCCGUCCAGAGGGAGAAGUGGAACUCCAAACUGGACUUUAUCCUGUCCGUCGCUGGGGGCUUCGUGGGUUUAGGGAACGUUUGGCGUUUCCCAUACCUCUGCUAUAAGAAUGGCGGAGGUGCAUUUCUCAUCCCGUACACUAUCUUCCUCUUUGGCGGCGGUCUCCCUGUGUUCUUCCUGGAGGUGGCCCUGGGACAAUAUACCUCCGAGGGUGGAAUCACCUGCUGGGAAAAGCUUUGCCCCAUCUUUACUGGUAUCGGCUACGCUUCUAUUGUGAUCGUGUCCCUCCUGAACAUCUACUACAUAGUGAUCCUGGCCUGGGGUUUGUACUACCUGUUCCAGUGCUUCCAGCCGGAGCUGCCCUGGGCCAAGUGUAAGAACUCCUGGAACACAGACCGCUGUGUGGAGGACACCGUCCGUAAGAACAAGACCCUGAUGCUGGCCGCUAACAUCACCAACUUCACCUCGCCCGUCACCGAGUUCUGGGAACGUAAUGUCCUCAGCAUCUCCAGUGGCAUCGAUGAGAUCGGGGAGGUCAAGUGGGACCUGGCCCUCUGUCUGCUGGGGGUCUGGGUCAUCUGUUUCUUCUGUAUCUGGAAGGGAGUCAAAUCCACCGGGAAGGUUGUUUACGUCACCGCUACCUUCCCCUUCGUCAUGCUGAUCAUUCUGUUGAUCCGCGGCGUCACUUUGCCAGGAGCAUCUGAAGGAAUCAAGUUCUACCUGUACCCAGACCUGCAACGUCUCAAAGACCCCGAGGUUUGGAUCGAUGCCGGCACUCAGAUCUUCUUCUCCUAUGCCAUCUGUCUGGGAGCUAUGACAUCACUGGGGAGCUACAACAAGUACAAAUACAACUGCUAUAGGGACUGUUUGCUGCUGGGAGGCCUGAACAGCGGUACCAGUUUUGUGUCUGGCUUCGCAAUAUUUUCCGUCCUGGGCUUCAUGGCACAAGAGCAAGGGGUGGACAUUGCCGAUGUGGCAGAGUCAGGUCCUGGCUUGGCCUUCAUUGCCUAUCCUAAAGCUGUGUCUAUGAUGCCGCUGCCAACCUUCUGGGCUAUCCUCUUCUUCAUCAUGCUUCUGCUGCUGGGUCUCGACAGUCAGUUUGUGGAAGUGGAAGGACAGAUCACUUCCUUGGUGGAUCUGUAUCCCUCCUUCCUAAGGAAGGGUUACCGUCGGGAAAUUUUUAUAGCUAUUGUGUGCUCCAUAAGCUAUCUUCUGGGACUUACCAUGGUUACUAGGGGUGGCAUGUAUGUAUUUCAGCUCUUUGACUACUAUGCAGCCAGCGGUGUGUGCCUUUUGUGGGUUGCAUUCUUUGAAUGUAUUGCUGUAGCCUGGGUUUAUGGCGUUGAUAAUUUCUAUGAUGCGAUUGAAGACAUGAUUGGCUACAGACCAAAUCCCUGGAUGAAAUGGAGCUGGUCUGUGAUCACGCCUCUUCUUUGUGUGGGUUGCUUCGUCUUCUCCUUGGUCAAAUAUAAACCUUUGACGUACAACAAGGUCUACGAGUACCCCGACUGGUCCAUCGGUGUGGGCUGGACUCUGGCCCUGGCUUCUAUGAUCUGUAUUCCUAUGGUGGUGGUCAUCAAGAUCAUCCAGUCCGAUGGACCACUCAUAGAGAGGAUCAAGGCUGUGGCGGCUCCGCUAGGAGGUGCUAGCUCCCGUCCAGCCGACCACCGUUCUAAGGGCAAGGCUUGCGAGCUGGCCUUCCCGCUGGACCCCAACGGGAACAACGGCCUGAUCAAGCCCACCCACACUAUUGUAGAAACCAUGAUGUGAGCGCUCUCUGUGAGAGGAAAGAUUCUUUUUUUUUUUUCUUUUCUUUUUUUUUUUAAUACCCCGCUUUCUAUGUUAUUAUACUAUAUUAUCGCUAAACUAGUUGUAGGACCAGGUUUACAUGUAUCUGCACUAGGACGGUUCUUGUUUUUUUGUUUUGUUUUCUACAGAGGAAGUUACAUUAUUGGGUUUCCUGUCUAUGUUUUUAAUAUUUUUUCAUUAAACUAUUGUUAAGAAUAUUAAUGUUAUUAUGAUUGAAGUUAAAAGUAAAAAAAAAAAAAAAAAAAAAUUGAUCUCCAAGUCACAUGGAGCAGCAGUAUCUUAUAAGAACAGAAUCAGACAAUUCCUACUUAUUUUCCCCUGUUGAAUUAUUAGUGGUCUGUCUCUAUUUUGGCGUGGAUACUUUUAAGAAAGAAAAAAAGAAGGCUGUAUAAAACCCGGAAGAACGAAAUGUGUGUCGUGGUUUCAGCUGUAACAUUUGAUCAACCUAGUUGCUCUCAGCUUUAACUAAUGUCUAUAGUAUGAUAAUAUUGUGGAGGUGGUGCCUCUUGUAAUACAGUGAGAUUAGUCGAGUGUGUUUUGUCGUUGAUGUUUGUUGUAAAAUUUACAGCUGAACCUGAACGUACCUCCACUACUAAGCUGAGUUCAGGGUCCAAGAACAUCUCAUCUACAGUUGCGGGCCACUAAAACAAAACAAAAAUGAAACCCUGUACCUGUCUGCUGUACCGGGUUUUGUGACAAACAAUUGCUAGAAGGCACUUGAGCAUCUUGACCCAAUUGUUUUGCCAGUAUAUAUAUAACACUGCAGUGCAACCUAACGUUUUAGUGCCAGCAACUGUACUUGGCUGUGGAGGUACAGACCUGUCCUCCCUGUACGGUGUACUGUGUACAUACAGUCAGCCCAACUCCAUUUUAGACUAGACUAAAAUCGGUGUGGACACUACUGCUACGUACCACCCAUCCAUCCCAGUGCAUACACUAGCUACAUCACACGUGUUUAAAGUCUCUGAUUGAUUAUUUUCACUUAAAUAAUGGAGUGGGUUUUCCUUUUAUUCUUAGUGUUUUAGUCUCUUGUCGUAUUUCUGGCUAUAGAUAGAGGACGUGACAUAGUGGCAAGUCAAUAAGAAGCACAACAGCACACUAUAUAACACAUUUACCAUCUCUGAAGUCUGUCUCAAGAUCACUAUAUUACACAUUUACCAUCUCUGAAGUCUGUCUGUUCCAUGAUUGAUAGGAGCCUAAAGGACCUGCCAUAAUGACAUGAUACAUUAAUGUAUAUUCCCCAUACAGUAACUAUUGAAGUACAACUUAAUUUAUACUCCCCAUACAGUAACUAUUGCUCAUUAAGGAACCAUCCAAAUGCAAGCAAACCUCUUAUCAAUAAGAUCUUUCCAUUGAAUUGCUGUAGGCUAGGUCAGUGAAAUUCUGAUGUAAUUGACUAAUAUACUAACUAAUAAUAUCCACUCCCUGCAGCCUUCUCACACUAAGCUUAGUUUCAAAUAUUACAUUAGCUUUUCAAAGAGGCAGAAACAAUUCAAACAAAAGCCUGUUGAGAUUUGAAGCGUUUAUUCUUCACAAUGCAAAGAUAUUCUUCACAAUGCAAAGAUAUUCUUCACAAUGCAAAGAUAGUCUUCACAAUGCAAAGAUAUUCUUCACAAUGCAAAGAUAGUCUUCACAAUGCAAAGAUAGUCUUCACAAUGCAAAGAUAUUCUUCACAGUGCAAAGAUAUUCUUCACAAUGCAAAGAUAUUCUUCACAAUGCAAAGAUAGUCUUCUUCGAAUGGAAUGUUGAAAUGUGAAACCCCACAUAGUGAAUGGAAACUUUGGUUGAUUUUUAUUUAAAAAUUUUGUUGUAUACAAUUAGAAAAUGUUUUUUUUUUAUUUGACUUUUAUUGUUUUUCUAUCACAUUUUUUUUUUUGCCUUUUGUAUUCAAAAUGUAAAAUGUAAAAAUGACCAGCCCGUCUCCACACUUCCUGAGGAUGUAACGUCAGUUAACAACUUGCUGUUAAUCAACAAAACUGCAAUUUGUAAUGUGCAAUACUUUGUAGAAAGAUAAGUAUGUUUUUCACUCUGUUUUU